CUCAUUCUAGCUGGCGAUGUUGGAAGUUUAAUUUAUAAGCUAUCUCUACGCUGCCACGCCUACCGUUGUACUACCAUCCACCCACCACAUCCUGACACUGUUUAAGAUCUAUACCAAGAAAGAAUGGAUAUAUCAGGUCAGAAUGAUCCAUCUGGUCUCCUCGUAGGCGCCGGGGUUCCGGCAUUCAAGUGUCCCCCCGGAACAAAAAUGCAUAUAUUGGACCUGGGAACCCUUCAAGCUGAUGAAUCCUGGAUCCUGAGAGGAGGAAAUACCAGCUCUUUAAGCAACCUCAACCCCGAGAACAAGCGGCGCGAUCUGGUCAUCCUCUCCGCCCUGAUCGAUUACCCCGGCAUAGGGCUCAUCCUGUUUGAAACUGGGUGUGCAGAAGAUUUGGAAGUAAAAUGGGGAGCCCCCCUAACAGACGUCUUCCCUCGGACCAAAUACACGGAGAACAACAAACUCCCCGCCGCAAUCAAAAAUACUGGGCACGACAUUAAAGAUGUCAAAGCCGUGAUCUUGGGCCACCUGCACCUCGACCACGCCGGCGGGCUCGAGCACUUCCUACACACCGACGUGCCCAUCUACGUCCACGAAGAAGAAUUCAAACACGCCUGCUGGGCCGUCGCCACGGGAGCCGAUCUUGGUGUCUAUUUGGGCCACUAUAUGCUCCUGGAAGAGCUAAACUGGAAUACAUUCACGGAUUCAACGUUCGAACUGUUCCAGGGGAUUACGCUGCAUCAUUCGCCUGGGCAUACCCCUGGCCUGUGUAUGAUGCAGGUGAAUCUGGCGCGCGAUGGGGUGUUUCUGUGGACGACGGAUCAGUUCCAUGUUAAGGAGAAUUAUGAGGAGGGACAUCCGCAUGGGGGACUAGCGAGGGAUCAUACGGCGUGGUAUCGGAGUUUGCAGCUGGCGAGAAGGUUGGUAAGGAUGUUUAAUGCGCGGCUGGUGUUUGGACAUGAUAUGGAUGUCGCGGCGGCGUUGAUGAGUGAGAGGCCAUUUUAUGAGUAGUUGCUCAAUCCAAAUUUCAUC